UCUCGGACGCGUGACACCGCGAAGGAACGCAAAGAUGUAGAGUCAUCGUUGCGCUCGAGAAGUGGACGCGCAUAAUUGAACGAUAGUUGAUCAGGAUAUCGUCGGGAUAACCUCGUACGUGGCUGUGUAUCGAGCGUCUCGUCGAUAAAGCCUCCUAUUUUGCUCGGAAACCUAUGUCUCGUGGAAGCGAGCGAUAGAGCUACGUGGGAAGCGGGCAUAGAGAACAAGGGACUAGGAAGAGGAGAAUGGGGAGACAGGCAGGAGGCUCGAGGAUCGCGUGGACCGAGGCUCGAUUGCCCUCGUGGCCGUGGAGAAGGAGGUUCUCGGGCCAGGUGGCCUGAGAUAUGCCAGCAGUAGCGAGCUCGGUGAUAACGGAAGCAGCGUCAUCGAGGCUAAGCGGCGAAACGGCGGGGGCGGGUGGUGGCGUCGGUGGCCGACGACAGCUGUCGAUAGAGAUCGAGACGAUCGAGCGCCGGGUCUGCGCGACCCGACGCGAUCUGUUCGUUCCUGUGACCGUCGAUCCGCGACCGUGUCGGGCCGUCCACUGUCCGGACCUGAACGCCUGCCUGGUGAACGAGUCGCGAUCCCUCGAGGAACAGGUCGACUGCCAAGCGAUCCAUUUCGGUUACGCCAUCCCCGUGAACGUGGUGCCCGUCGAGGGUAGCCCCGAUCUGGUGGAGCUGGUGCUGGACCACACGAGCGAGCUGAGCGCAGGAGCCGUGAGCUUUCUGCUCGAUCACCAUCCCCAGUUGCGCGAACGGCAACCGGAGGAGUUUCAAAAACGUUGGUCGAGAAUGGCCGCGACGGCGAAGCACGACCUACGUCGGAAGUUCCCGACGGACACGUCCACCUCUGGCGACGAGGACAUCGCCGCGAUCGCCAAGCAGAUCAGCGAUCACGCGGAGGCGAUCUAUCAGACCUGGAAGAGUCGAGGCUUGGCGCCCACGGAAAUAUUAAAUUGUCACAGCAACGCCACCGCCGCCGACAAGUUCGGCACCGCGUUGACGCCCUCCGCGAACACCAGCCCAAACGCCACGGGGAAGACGUCGCCGACGAGCGCCGCGUCCCCCACCGCGGUGGACAUCCUGGCGCAGACACCGAACCUGGACAACGGGAACCUGGAGAAGUUGGUGAACAACUUCGUGGUGGAGGACAAGGCCAGACUGGCCGCGUCCAGGCAGAGAUCACCGUCCAAGACGCUGCCGUCCUCCAUCCAGUUCGCGCUGCAGAAGUUCGAGAGGAACUCGACGCAGCAGCAGCUCCAGCAGCCGCAGACGUCCCCGUUAAAGAGCGGCGGGGUCGGGAGCCAGCCUAAGACGAAGCAGACGAACGUCCUGCUGUCUCCUACCUCGCCGUUCGCGAACAAACCCUCGCAGAUUGUCAAGCCUCAGGUCUCCGCAAAGACUCCUGGUGCUCAUCAUCGGGAGGUCUUCCUGGAGACCAUCGAGACCACGUUCCCUGCGGAUCUGGCGCCGCCGAAGACGGUCCAGCAGAAGAGGCCCGUCAGCACCGUGAUCACCUCACCGACGGCGUCGAGUCUGGACGACACGGCGAGCGCCAACUCUGGACUGACCACGUGGCCGUUGAAGAACAAACUGAACGAGAACAAGAGAUCAGGGGACGGGUCCGCGAGGUCGGUUCAGGAGGUUAAGUCGUUGGCGACGAAGGAGGAGAAGAGGAUCACCGGGUCCAACUCCAGCGUGUACCUCGACGAAGUGGCUCGCGAAGAGGAGAGAUUGAUAAACGCCCUGAAGACGGGCUCCGUGAUCACGGAGGAGCCUGUGGAGAGACCGGUGCCCGCUCUGAGUCGACAGAAGCCGGCGAUAAAGCGAGAGAAACCGAAGGUGGAGCCGGUGAAGCCGAUAAUCAUCGGUCACAAUCACCACGGUGCCGGUCUGGUCCCAGCCUCCGCGGCUAUGGUCAACAAUGUCGUCGUCGCUUCACCCGGGGCCAACGCUACCGUCGCGUCCGACGCUAAAUCGCUCAGCAAAGACGAUCUGUCGAACAUGUCGGUGGUGGAUUACGCGAAAGUGCGGUACAGAGCUGCUCAACAGAACCCGCCUACUCAGCAGAGACUCGAGGAACAGAAGACCAGCGGACCGACCGCGUUCAACUCCACGGAGCAGCUGGUCUCCACCACCAGGUCCAAGUUCGAGGAGAUAAGGAAGGAUAAGGAGACCGUCAAGGAGGAGAAGGAUCCGGUGACGUCCAGAUGGGGUCCCAGAAUCUACACCCCGAGACCCCGGAUCGAGCAGGUGCCUCAUCCAGAGCUGACCACGCAGCAAAAGCAGCACAUCAGAGCUGCCGCGGCGACUGGAACCGGAAACAAUCCCAUCAGACCCUUCCUGACCAGGGGAUCCGUCGCCGAGCGCGUUCUGAUCUUCGAGAAAUGCCCUAGCGAACUCUUGCUUGACAAACGGGGACCAAGGCAACCGGCUAUCAACACUUGGAGGACCGGACACGAGGUUCAGAACAAGGCCCAGGUAAAUUGUUUAACCAGUGUCUGUCGUUUACUGUAUUUUUCAGGCGAAAAGAUCGAUCUCCAGGUUGGUCUUACGACUCGGAAUUGGAGACGAAUUGGAGUACGACGUACUCCAUAUAAAAUUAUGG